UUCACAUCGGCUGUCAUGAGAGAGAACGACAAUGUGAGGCAGGAGCCGCAGGACACCAACCGACCACAACAACUCGCAUUCGUUCAUGCUUCUCGCACUUACCUCGCUGCUGUCCAGAGCAAAGAAUAUAUUUACCGUAUAUACAAGCGGGUGAGUGGAAUUUACUAUAUCAAGAAAAAGGAAUUGACCAUGCCGGUGGGAGCUGAUGGAUUCCGUCUUCCAAAUAUUAACGAGAAAGGUUCCGAAAAGAAAUUAGAUUGGUUAACUGGCCCUGGACAGAAUGAACAUUGCCGCACUUUUGUCAUUACUGGGGAAGACCACACUUUAGGAAAUGCACUUAAGCAUUUUAUUAUACAGAAUUCUGCUGUAGAAUUCUGUGGCUAUACCGUUCCUCAUCCAAUGGAACGGAAAAUACACGUGCGUAUUCAAACGAAGGGUACUCCAGCUGAGCAAGUCCUUCGUCAAGCUUUAAGUGAACUCAAGGAACAGAAUGAAGCUAUCAAAAAAAUGAUCCAGGACGAAAUCAAAAGAUACCUGGAAACCCAUCCGCAAGCAGACACAGAUGAAGAUGACACCCCAUGAUGUCAGAGGGGUGUAGAAAACAUGGAAUAAAAGUUAUGUACAGUCAUCAAAAUGUUUUUUGAUUUUUAAAAAUAAAUUGCAAUUUCAGAAGA